ACCUGUGGUCAAAACUCAAAACAUUAAACCGGGCCAUGCCCUAUACUAUAUACCUACCUACUCUUUGCACAUAUUACAUUAAUUCACAAUUCAGGUGGAACCCUAUUGAAAGUUAUCGAACUAGAAUAACAUAUUUAAAUAAUAAAUUAAAAAAUAAAAUAUAGGAAAAGUUGUUGUUUCUGGUGUUCGUUUGGUUAGAUGUUGCUGGUGUUCGUUUGUAGAUACAAAAUUAUGUGAAUUGUCUUGAAUUUCAUGUCUUAUUGAAUACUUACCUUGAACAUUUUAAAAGAUUUCCUGAGGGAUUUCCAUAAUCGUUGAAGUAUGAAUAAUACAACUGAGGAAUUGUUUUCAAUGCUUGAUGAAAAAAUAAAUUAUGGGUAUCUAUUAAUUGAAAGAUUACAAGUAAUAAAAAACUUAGACGGGGUUGCAAAGCUUCAAAGAAAAAUUCGUCAAGAAAUCGAGUUUUUGUCAAGGUUGAAAAAAUCUAAGAAAAUUAAAGUUGAACAAUUAUCAUGUUCAAAUCUGAGACACCUAGGAGCAUUGGUUGAAUAUGCACUUCGCCCAGGCGUUGUAUCGGUUUGUAAGAUAUUCCAUAUUGAUGCUGAGAGCAAACUUGUUAUAGAUAUUAUAAGUGAUGCAGGAAAAGUAUGGACAAAAGUUAUUGCUAGAAAUCCAAAAUCUCUAUCUGCACUAAGCAGGGGAAAUGCUUCAUAUGGCGCCAGAUCAAUUAUAGACCAAGCGGAAGACUAUAUAGAAUGUGCUCAGUUGUAUCCUUGUAUGUAUAAACCACCUAAGGUUAUAUUUGAGUUUGUGAGUGGAAUAGAAGAGAGUCUGGCAAACAAAUUAAAAGCUCUAGGCGUCAUUGUAAAUGGAGAAAUACUACCAAAUUCAAAACCAACUGAUUCUGAUGAAUAUUGUGAUUCAAGUGAUGAUGGCUCCUUCCAAAACAGGUCAGACGACAAUCAGCCCUUGUGCAAUGUAUCAACCUUAGAUGAGCAUGCUGCUGGUAUAAACACUCUCAAUCUGGAUGUAACAGCGAUGAUGGCAUAUGUAAGCAACAUGACAAAUGGACAUUGCAACUAUGUGUUUAAACAAGAAGUCUUAACUCAGCAAGCAGCCUGGGACAUGGAGAGACCUGUUAAACCAAUAUUAGAUAAAUUAUUUGAAGGUAAAACUUUGGUAUGUUGUAGAACUGCGUGGGAUAAUUUUCAAAAGAUUGUAGAAAUAUUGGGUGGUCCGAUGGAGAAGAAACGAACUAUGGAUUUACGCGAGAAAUUAACUAUUUACGACGACGAUUAUGGUGGUCAAAAUGAUUAUCCCAGAGAAAAUUUGAAAGUCAGAGGCAAUGUUCGACUCAGAUCAAAAACAGUAUUCAAUUUUGGACAUAGAAUUAAGGCUAUAACAGUUUCUGCAAAUGAAGGUUUUGUCAGAGCAGCAAUGCAGCAGGGGGUAAAUUAUGCUGCUUUUAUUCACGAGUCAAGAGCUUUAACAGAAGGAAAAGAAGCUAGUGCAACAAAACUUUUAUGAUACAUGUCUGGCAUUGUUAGAAACCCUAAAAUCUUGAAGAUAAUUGGAAAAUUUUAUAUAUAACUAGUUUAAUAUAGAGAAUUAUAGUAAUCAUACCUCACAAUAUGUCUUAGAAAUUGAUAUUACUA